AUGUUUGCGUUGCUAAGCGCUGCUGCUGGCGUUGCUAAGCGAAGCUGUCAACUUCCGGGAGAGGGGGACCGAGUGUUUGGAGCGUACCAAUUGCAGCGGCUCUGGGAGGGGGGGACGGGCUCAGGACAAACAGAAACCCACGCUGCGUGGAGCCAAACCAGACUCCCCAUAGGACAGAAUGGAGACCGAACAUGGCUGGUGAGACGGGCAAACUGCGUGGCGGUAAGUUCUCAGAGCAUGGUGGGGGUCUGUGUGAUCCUGGCUCCCCCCGGGGAGGUGGUGGUGGGGUCCCCAGGGAGCCCUUUAAAUCCCUCAUGGGCUGCAGAGAGCAGUGAUAGCUGUGAUACCAAUGGGUGA